AUGUUUACCGAUAAAAAUUUUAGUCCUCAUUAUAAUGAUCUAGUUAUUCGAUUCAGUCCACAUUUAAAACACUUUAGAGAAAAGCCAUCCAAAGAUGAGUACACUAUUGCCAAAUGGCUGAAGAAGAAUGUACCGCAUAAGAAGACAAAAUUUUUAUAUCACAAUGUUGAAUACUUCACUGGUGUUAAAGCUGUUGAUGCAUUGAUGACAUCUCAUUUUGUCGUACCUAAAGAAGAAGGUAGCGAAACUUUGUUCAAAUCAAGAGCUGAUGUCGUAGAUUUUUUGGAUAUGAUGCUUAGGCAUAAAUUUUUUCAUCGAGCGAAAAAGGUGCCGGUAUCAGAGCAGGAAUUAUUAGCGAGGAAAAAAAAAAAGAAAGACAAAGAUGAGAAAAAAGAAGAAAAAAAAGAAAAUGAAGAUGCUGAAAGCAGUCAUGCGGAAGGAAAACCAGAUGAUACAAAGGUAAAAAAAAAAAAAAAAAGUGACAUAAAUUGUUUCUACGAGGAUGGUAAAGAAAAAAAAAAGAGGAAAAUUCGUUUAGAAAUGCAUUAUGAUCAAAUAUUUGCCGAUUGUUUAGAUGCUUAUGUUUGGAUUUAUGAUCCGAUACCAUUCCAUUAUUGGCUCUUUGGAACUUUAUUAGUUCUUGGCGCCAUUGGAAUAUGUUUAUUUCCUCUUUGGCCACCUGAAGUCAGAAAAGGAGUUUAUUAUCUUAGCAUAGUUGCUAUCGGUUUUCUUAUAUCAAUUGUUUUGCUUGCUCUUAUACGGCUUAUAGUAUUUUGCAUACUCUGGUGUUUAACUUCUGGAAAACAUCAUUUAUGGCUUUUACCUAAUUUAACUGAAGACGUUGGAUUUUUUGCAUCAUUUUGGCCACUCUAUCAGUAUGAAUACAAAUCCCAUGAUGGUUCGGACAAGGGUAAAAAAAAGAAAAAGAAAGAUAAAGAUUCAGACAAUGAAAAUGAUGAUGAUGAUAAUGACACUGAAAAAUUUGAUGAAGACAGUAACGAGAGAGGAGACUCAGAAAAUGAAGAAGACAACGAGCCAAAGACGUCGGAAGGUGAAAGGAAUAGUCCUUCAGAAAGCGAAUCGGAAAAUUCAAGUCAAAAAUCCCAGACUGGAAAAGAUUUUGAAAUGGUUGAAAAAGAAGAAGUUGAUUUUGCUUCCUAA